ACUGCAUCGAGGUUGUUCCGCCUAAUAUUCUAAGAUAAAUCGACGGGUGUUCACUUGAUGCUUACCAGAUCAUCGAUCCGGCAGCAUGCACUGGACCAGCGGCCUCUUGCACAAUGUCCAGCGCUAUCCUUCCUCUAUUGCACUCCAACAAUUCUAGGUCACCACAAUCGAUCGAUCAAACCAAAUCGGCUCCUACAGAAUGCGUUCAGUCGCGAUGGACUUGAGAGCAUAAUGCCGUUUUCGACCCAAGCACGACGCCUACAGCGAUUCCGAGUACCAAAAGUAGAGCACAUACCCUUCGAACGGCGCGACAGGCCCCGACUCGAAAAAGAAGCGCACGUACCCUUCGACCGCAGUCAUGAAUCAAGAAACGAUCGCGACGCGAACAUCCCCUUUGAACGACAGCCCGGCGCGAAACCCAGAGACUCCUAUGCUGAGCUGGAACUGGAAGGCUCGACCAUCACGCCCAAGGAACGAAAGGCUUUUGAGAGCUUGCUGAGCCUGCAAAAGUCGAGGUCUGCGGCUGGACGGCAGGAUGGAAAGGCGAGGGUAAAGGAGGGCGGCGAGGUGACUCCUGCUCCUGGCUUGGAUGCUAUGUUGGCUGCUGAAGGAGGGAAGGUGGAUGCUGAUGGGAGGCGGAGUUCCGAGAUGCCUGAAGCUCUACGAGCGCUGGUGAGAGAAUCACGGCAGAAGAAGAGGGAAGAUCUUCAGGGCACUGCAACGCAAGCGCAGACCGUCGAAUUUCUUCGUGAGACGCCAGGACCAUUCAUCAGCCAAGCGGCCAGCAAAGAACUGCACAGCGUGUCGAAAGCCAUCGAAACGGCAACGACAGACACCCAAGUCUGGCAGGUCCUGCACGAGCGUGUACUUAGUCGCCUGCCGAAAACGGGUUCUGGUUCUCCAACAGUUGCUCGCAAGCAAAGAGCGAAAGUCAAAGAAGGCACGCCGACACCAGAACACAGCAUCGCCAACAACGGGACAAAGGUCACCCCUCUGCUCGCGGAAACCCUGGCCACCCACCUCACGCAAACCUUCACCCACCUCGUCACUUCUUUCCCAACCUCCCACCUUCCGCUAAGCAUCCUACCCACCCUCAAGACCUUCCCCCUGUCCGUGCAGCAACUCGGUGCCUCGACGAAACUCUACAACCAGCACAUGAGCCUGCUGUACGAACGCUACGCCGAUGUGCCCGGAAUCGUGGACAUGCUGGCUGAGAUGGAGGCUCAUGGAGUCGGCUUCGAUAGUGGGACGUUGGAGGUGCUGGAUGACGUCCUCGUGUAUGCGAGAGAAGCUGGGAGGGGAGAGCACGGAGCGGGAGUGAGGAUUGCGUGGCAGAUGGAGAGGACGCGAGGGGCCUUGAGGGAGACGGCGAGCUGGAGACGGCGGAUUGUGGAGAGGGUGGAAGAGGAGGCGAUUAGACUGGCGCGGGUGAGAGAUGGGGAGAUGUUGUAGAUG